CGUGCCCCGCGCCAUGCUAUACCGCGCACCCGGCAGCCUGUGUACAGUGUUCUACUACUGUCAGAGUCAGAGCAGGGAUCAUUGCCAGGACGGCACUGUGGUCCCUGGGUGCUGGCUGUCUGCUGUGAGGGAUAUAGCCUGGUCGGGCGGGAUGGAGUCGGAGCCCCUGUUGCCCCCUCUUGACAGGAGCUGGUGUGCGGACCCGGACUUCAGCAGCUCCCUGGAGAGGGACCCCAAAUCCAGAACCGGCUCCUACUGCUCCACUGCCAGUGCUGCUGCUGCCCUGGGGCACGGGGGGCUGCCCAGGAGGAGCUCCAAACUAGAGGCGUCUAAUGGAGCUGUAGAUGAAAAUCUUUAUGUGAAGCAAGCAGUUGUCUUUAUUGAAGAUGCAAUCCAGUACCGCUCCAUAGACCAUCGCGUUGACCCGAACUCUCUGCGUCUGUAUCAGUGGUACUACUCGGAUGUGUGCCAGUGGGUUUUGAAUGUAACAAUCUUUGUGAACCUGGCGCUUGCAUUUAUCGAGAAGCCCUCGUCGCUGACUGUGUCAUCAGAUGUGCGCUUCCGCACUGCGGCCUGGGAGCCUCCCUGCGGAGUGACCGAAAGCAUAGAGCUCCUAACCUUCCUGCUGUUUAUCGCAGAUCUUUCUGUAAAGAGCUAUUUAAUUGGCUGGAAUGAAUUCAUUAAGAACAAGUGGCUUCUGUGCUACAUCCUGGCUCUCCUGGUCUCCGUUGUAGAUUGGACGGUAUCUUUAUGCUUCCUGUGUGCAGAGGGGGUGAGAAUCCGAAGACUUUUGAGGCCGUUUUUCCUCCUCCAGAAUUCUUCUCUUAUGAAAAAGACCUUAAAGUGCAUUAAACGAACACUACCUGAGAUGGGCAGUGUGAUGCUGCUCCUGGCUUUGCAUCUCUGUCUCUUUACCAUGUUUGGUAUGCUGCUGUUUGCCCAUGCAAAGGAUUCUAAGGUUGACAUUGAGUGGUUGAGAUACUUCCGCAACCUGCCAGACUCCUUGACGUCACUCCUGGUGCUACUGACCACUGCCAACAACCCUGAUGUUAUGCUUCCGGCCUAUUCAUUCAACAGAGCUUACUCCCUCUUCUUCAUCAUAUUCACAGUGAUCGGGAGUCUGAUUCUAAUGAACUUGCUGACAGCCAUUAUAUACAAUCAGUUUCGGGGCUAUCUAAUGAAAUCGGUGCAGGCGUCAUUGCUCAGACGGCGACUGGGGAUCCGAGCAGCAUUUGAAGUCCUGUCAUUCUACAGGGAGUUAUCAUCCCACGAUUGUUACCAGGAGGCCUGCAUAGACUGUGAAACAUUCAUUAAAGUGUUACAGAAUGUCAAGAUGAACACCUACUGUAAAAUGGUGAUCCUGGAGAAAGCGCAGUCCUGCUCCAGCGGUGUGAUCUCCGCAGAGAUGUUUCAAAAACUGUUCGAUGAGCUUGAUAAAGAUCCGGUCAGACAGCACCCUCCACAACCUGCGUAUCAGUCCAAGUUCCUGCAAGUUCUGCAGAUCGUUGGUAGUCAUCGCUACUUUGACUACCUGGGGAACUUUGUUGCGCUGGCCAAUCUCCUCUCUAUCUGUGUUGUCUUGAUGGUAGAUGCAGAAAAAUCCGGGAGCGAUCGAGACGACUUCUCUUUGGGCGCCAUCAACUGCUUCUUCAUUCUGUACUACGUCCUUGAGAUGUCACUGAAAGUCUUUGCCCUGGGAUUUAAAGGCUACAUCUCGUACAAUAGUAACAUCUUUGACGGAUUCCUUACAUUCGUUCUACUGGUCCUGGAAAUCGCUACUUUCAUACAAUACAGUUUCCCUCAUCCCGGCUGGAAGCCGGACAUGCAGGGGCUGCUGUCUCUCUGGGAGAUGGUCCGACUUGUCAACAUGUUCAUUGUGUUCAGAUUUCUGAGAAUUAUCCCUAAUAUGAAGGUGAUGGCACUAGUGGCGGGCACUGUGCUGGACCUAGUGAAGAAUUUACGGGCAUUUGCUGGAAUCCUUGUGGUGGUAUACUAUGUCUUUGCUAUAAUUGGUAUUGACCUGUUCAAGGAUGCCAUUCCUAAUCCCGGAAAUGCCAGUAUUCCGAGCAAUAGAAGCUCCGGUAAUGAGACGCUACAGUGCGGAACCUUUGAGCAGUUGGAAUAUUGGCCAAACAAUUUUGAUGACUUUGCUGCCGCCCUGGUAACUUUAUGGGAUGUAAUGGUGGUGAAUAACUGGCAAGUCUUCCUGGAUGCUUUUUCCAGAUACACAAACCCAUGGUCCAAGCUGUACUUUGUGGCGUGGUGGCUGGUCUCCUCUGUGGUCUGGGUGAAUUUAUUUGUAGCAUUGAUUCUUGAGAACUUCAUCCACAAAUGGGAUCGCAGUUACCGGCACUCGAUUUCUGCAGCUCAGCAAGAAGAAUACCACAUGACCGUUCAACUUAUGUUCAGGGACUAUUUGGAAGAACCAACAGAUGAGGAGCUAUUGGACCGGUUGCAUCACCACCCUCACCUCCAUCUCUCCAGAUGACCCACACUUUGUAGAGACUAUUUUAAUCGGGAAUUAAUCACUAAGCUGCAAUUCCAAAAAACAACUUGCUGCUUUUAUAUACAUGAAAAUUACUGCCUCAGUCUGAAUCUGGCUACGCCAUACAUUACAGCAUGAGGGCUAUACCAGACUGCUAACCUCUAGAGGGGCUUAUUACAUGGGCACUUUAUUAUGUUACCUCAGAGGGCUGAUUUUACCACAGUAACAGAGCGAGAUAAUUGUUCUCUGAACCGUUUUAUACCCCUGGUUGUUGACUGAUGGCUUCUUAUUGGCUUCAAUGUAUAACAUGGUAGCCUGUGACUUUACGGAGGCGCAAAGCUGCCGUGUCGCAAUCCCUGGUCACAGGCUGAGUGGUAGUGCUGGCUCCCAGUGAAAAGAAAUGCCGCGUUCUCAUGAGUCCGGCCCAGAAAAUAGCAGCCGUCCCUGUGCGUGUGUAGAGGACACGUUAAGGAAAUUUUUAAAAAACAUCCCUUAGUCCAGAUUACUUUCAGAUCUGGAUAAAUUAUUUUGUCUGAUGCAGUGAAACUGGGAUUCCAUUCGGAUCAAUUCUAAAGGCAUUUAUCAAGAUUCAGCCUCACGAUUCUGCGAACUGUGUUAGGACGCUGAUUUCUCCAAGGGCAGAGUUCUAUCUCCAAGAGCUAAAAUGACAAACAAUUGAGUGUUGUAAUUUUAAUAACAAAUCACAGAUUCAGUUAAAUAUAUGGACAAAGCUUUUGUAAAAUGAUUGUAUUUUUAGUUGACGGUGACAUAUGUUUUAUAAUGACUUAUUACAGUGCAUCAAGAAUAUUUAAUAUUUGUGACCAAGCGGAGGGCUUAUUAACGCUCUGUUUUUUAGUUAUUUUAUUGUCUCUCACAAAAUGACAUAGAGUAAUGCAGACUCACACGGACAGGUUGUCCUUUCAAGCACUUUAAACGGCUUGUUUGGUUUUGUUUUUUUAGGUUUUUUUUCUUAUUUUUAAAGCACAAACUGCACAUUUUAAUACUGAUGGGUGUGAUUACAUCGGAAGCCAACGAGGUAGUGCUAAAAGGGUUUUGUAAUGUUAUAACUUAUUGCACAAAAGGAUAGUUUUAGGUCUUAUGCCCUCUCUCUUGCAGCACUGAUGUCAUUGCGACAGAAUUUCAUUAUUUUUUGGGAUAAAUAAAUAUUUUCAACAAAGUAA